CUCAGUAUGCAGUGUCCACUAAUACUCAAACUUUAACUUAUAGAAAACGAAAAGGAAACGAUGUUGAAAUAGUUCGAGAAUUAAAAUCCAUAAUGGCAAAUUUAUUGGACGCAUUUUCCAGAAAUAAUCAUGGUAAACAACCGGAAAAAAUAAUAGUGUACAGAAGUUCCUUGAGUAAAAGUCAAUUUAAAAAUGCUCUAGAGACGGAGGUAAAGUACAUAAGAGAAGCCUGCAAAGAUAUCAAUGAGAACUACAAACCAGGAGUGGCAUUUAUUUCUGUUCAAAAGUCCAAUCAUAUUCGAUUUAAGCCUGAAAAUGAGAAAGAUGGGGUUGGAAAAAUGAAGAACAUUCCCCCUGGAGCAAUAAUUGAGGACACAGUUACUGAUUCUCUGUAUCAAGAUUUCCUGUUAUGCAGUCAUUUAGCAGAACAAGGUACAAGUCGAGCAACUCGUUACACUGUCCUAGAAAACGACACAAGUAUGACCGCCCACGAGAUUCAGAAACUGACCUACGACUUGUGCCACUGUUAUGCUCCUGGCACCAGCAGCAUCUCCGUUCCUGCUCCAGUUCGGUACGCUCGUCUUGCGGGUCGCCGUGUGUGGACAAAACUACUGUGUUAUGAAGAAAACAGCUGUGACGACGAAUUCCAGCUCAUUUCGUCCGAAACAGCUCUGAAGUUUACGAAAGUUGACGAUGCACUCAAGAACACCAUGUAUUUUGUGUGAAUUUCAAAUGAGUGCAAAAAAGCUCGACCACGGAGAGAUGGCGGGUGAGCUGGAAAGGAAAACUUACCACUUUAUUUUGAACUAGUGGUACCCGCACGGCUUUGCUCGUAAUAGAAAAUUAAAAGGUCAUUUGGUUCGCCUGUAUAUUUACAAAUAAUGGAUGAUGAAUUUUUCGCCAACUUGCUAUGUUUAUU